AGAAGAGGAGACAGAGAGACGGAGAGGGGAGACCCGGUCACUGCCAAUGCCAAGAACAAGAAACCAGAGAGGACAGUCGUCAAUCCAAUCCGAGUCUCCUCCAAAAACCCAUCAAUCUGCAGGAACGAGAGCAGCAGGAGAGCAUCCUAGGAAAAAAGUUAGGACCAACUGACCGAGCAAAAAAGGUAGCAUCUCUGUAUCACCAAGGCACCGCCGAUCACAGACCAAAUCCCUCCCCCCUCCUCUGGUCCAUCCCACACGUAGAGCAGCCGUGGUGUGAGUGUUGAAGAGCUCCUCAACAUGAUGGAUCCGGCCUUGCUUGACGACGUCAUACGCCGGCUGCUGGAGGUGAAGAAUCUCAAGCCUGGGAAGAACGCGCAGUUGUCGGAGUCGGAGAUCAAGCAGCUCUGCGCUGCCGCCAAGGAGAUCUUCCUGCACCAGCCCAACCUGCUGGAGCUCGAGGCGCCCAUCAAAAUCUGCGGUGAUGUCCAUGGCCAGUACUCUGAUCUCCUGAGGCUAUUCGAUUAUGGUGGCUAUCCGCCUCAGGCCAACUACCUUUUCUUGGGUGAUUAUGUGGAUCGUGGAAAGCAAAGCUUGGAAACAAUAUGUCUUCUUUUGGCCUACAAGGUCAAGUACCCAGAGAACUUCUUUCUUCUAAGGGGAAACCAUGAAUGCGCAUCAGUAAAUCGCAUCUAUGGUUUUUAUGACGAGUGCAAACGCAGAUUCAGUGUAAAGCUGUGGAAAACAUUCACUGACUGUUUUAACUGCUUGCCAGUGUCAGCAUUGAUAGACGAAAAGAUCCUCUGUAUGCAUGGUGGUCUAUCUCCAGAGUUGAACAAGCUCGAACAAAUACUUAAUCUGAGUCGCCCCACAGACGUGCCUGAUACUGGAUUGCUCUGUGACCUUCUUUGGUCUGAUCCUUCUAAUGAAGCAACAGGAUGGGCCAUAAAUGAUCGAGGUGUUUCAUAUACAUUUGGUCCUGAUAAAGUUUCUGAAUUCCUUGAGAAGCAUGAUUUGGACCUCAUCUGCCGAGCCCAUCAGGUUGUCGAAGAUGGAUAUGAGUUUUUCGCUAGCCGCCAACUCGUAACAAUGUUUUCAGCCCCUAACUACUGUGGAGAAUUUGAUAACGCUGGUGCCAUGAUGAGUGUAGAUGAGACAUUGAUGUGCUCCUUCCAAAUACUGAAACCUGCGAGGAAGGUGUUGGGUGGUUCAACUAAUAACAAAUCAGGCUUCAAGUCAUCGAGAGGAUGGUGACAAUGGCAAGCCUGAUAUCAGGUUGGUUGGUGAGCAGCACGCCAGUGGUCGACGGGGGGUUGUUCCAUCAUAAUCAUAUUACAGCGGCUGCAACUGACAGGCCCAAUGCAUCUUCUCUUCCAUGUUGGAUCAACACUCUUGUAAUGUAUUAUUUACUGUGCGGAUCUGAGAGGAUGUGAAUGAUUUCAUUUGCGUCCUCAAGUUCAAAAGAUUCAGGAAGGCAUGCUUGAAAUAAAAAUAGCCAGAAACAUGCAAGGUGCUCCACGACGCAGCACGGCAUUUCCAGUGUUUUCUUUUUGCUGUCUAGUUCUGAAUAUAUUUUACCGCCAGACCAGCACGUAAGCUUGCCUGGCAAUGGUUUUUA